AUGACAGGUCCACCACCAAAAUAUGGACCGGGAUCCAGGAGGACUACCUCCAGUGAUCCUAAUACUAGGAACCAGACGCAAGAUGAUCAGGAGGGGAUAGUUUCGGACGCUACAAUGAGCCGGGAAGCCGACUUCAUUCGGCCUUUCGCUCAAAGUCCCGUCCCAGAAUCCAGCGCCGACCUAGAUGACGCUACCUCAUCCGACGAGGAAAAGGACCGGCGCCAAUCUUCAAUAGAAUCCCUUUCACUGCCUGCAACUGUAACAACAAACAGCUUGCACCGCACAAAAAGCACAGCCACCGACGUAUCCGCCACCUACUCGACGCACCUACGCGCGCUCCAGCAAGAAUGGACCGCUCGGCCGUGGUACCGUAAACUUAAUCCGUUGCGCUGGGGUGGCAUACCCCCGCUGCCGGACGAGCGUAGACCGUGCCCAGAGGCCGACGCCGGCUUCCUGAGCAAACUGCUUUUCUCAUGGCAGGGCCCGCUCAUGAAGACGGGCUACCGCCGCAGCCUACAGCUGACCGACAUCUGGGCUGUGAACCCUCAACGUGCCGUCGAGCCCAUGUCGGAUCGCGUGCGGGCCUCUUUCAAGAAGCGCGUCGCCGCCGGCCAGAAGUUCCCGCUCGCCCUCGCUAUUCACGAGGCAUUCUUCCGCGAGUUUUGGCUGGGUGGCUUCUGCUCGCUGAUAUCGACGUUGAUGCAGGUCCUGUCGCCCUUCAUGCUGCGCUUUCUGAUCCAGUUCGCAACGGAUGCUUACAACGCCGCCAAUGAAGGGACGCCAGCUCCGCCAGUGGGCACGGGAGCUGGGCUCAUCGUCGGAGUGGUCUUGAUGCAGGUCGCACAAAGCUUGGCUAUGAACCACUUUAUAUACCAUGGCAUGAUAUGUGGCGGGCAGUCCAGGGCAAGCCUAAUUCAGUUGGUGUAUGAGAAAAGUAUGGUCCUGUCCGGCAGGGCCAAGGCGGGCGGGACCAAAGACGACAACGAGACCAAGGACAACAAGGAAACGGAGGAUAAGAAAAAUAAGAAGAAGAAGGGAGGCAAGGGCGGCGUCAAUCCCGAGGGCCAGGGCGCAGGCUGGGCAAAUGGCCGGAUUGUUAACCUGAUGAGUGUGGACACGUACCGCGUCGACCAGGCGUUUGGUCUAUUCCACGUCAUUUGGACGGCCCCGCUCGCGUGUGUGAUCACAUUGAUCGUACUGCUCAUCAACAUCACGUACUCUGCCCUUGCCGGUUUCGCACUCUUGGUCAUUGGUGUCCCGAUCCUGACGCGGGCCAUCAAGUCUUUGUUCAUACGGCGGAAGGGCAUCAACCGAAUCACGGAUCAGCGUGUUUCGCUGACUCAAGAGAUUCUGCAGUCGGUACGGUUCGUCAAGUACUUUGGCUGGGAGAGCAGCUUCAUUGCACGGCUUCACGAGCUCCGCGCUCGCGAGAUAUCGGCCAUCCAGAUGCUCCUGUCCAUCCGCAACGCCAUCCUGGCCGUCAGUCUGUCGCUGCCCAUUUUUGCGUCCAUGCUGUCUUUUAUCACAUAUUCGCUCUCGGGCCACAACCUAAACCCAGCCCAGAUCUUCUCAAGUUUGGCGCUCUUCAACGGCCUGCGGAUGCCACUUAACCUGCUACCUCUUGUCAUUGGGCAGAUCACGGAUGGGUGGUCCUCGCUCAAGCGGAUCGAGGAGUUUCUGCUGGCCGAGGAGCAGAAUGAGGAUGUGGUGAAGAGGAUGGACGGCGAGAAUGCCAUCGAGAUGCACGGAGCCUCCUUCACGUGGGAGAAGACUCCUGUGCAGGAGAAGGACGGCGAGAAGGACAAGAAGACUGCUAAUGCCGCUGGAAAGGAGAAGCCUGGACCGGAGAACGGCGAGGGCACAACCGACAGCCCGCUCGCAAAAACGGAGCGGGAGCCGUUCCACCUCGAGGAGCUCAACCUUGCCAUUGGACGCAGAGAGCUCAUCGCUGUCAUUGGAAGCGUGGGCAGUGGCAAGUCAUCCCUGCUGGCCGCGCUGGCCGGAGACAUGCGUAAAACGGCGGGAGAGGUUGUUUUGGGAGCUUCGAGGGCUUUUUGUCCCCAGUAUUCAUGGAUCCAAAACACGACCGUCCGAGACAACAUUCUGUUUGGCAAGGAGAUGGACGAGCCCUGGUAUAGGGAGGUCAUCAAAGCAUGUGCUCUUCAACCGGACUUGGACAUGCUCCCCAACGGUGAUCUGACCGAGAUUGGCGAACGCGGCAUCACCAUCUCGGGAGGACAGAAACAAAGGCUGAACAUUGCGCGUGCAAUCUAUUUCGAUGCCAACAUGGUUCUCAUGGACGAUCCACUGAGUGCCGUCGACGCUCAUGUUGGGCGCCACAUAUUUGACAACGCAAUCCUAGGUUUGCUAGGUGAAAAGUGCCGAAUUUUAGCGACACAUCAACUAUGGGUCCUCAACCGCUGCGACCGCAUAGUAUGGAUGGAGGCUGGCAAGAUCCAAGCCGUCGGCACCUUUGAUGAUCUUGUACACAACCAUGAAGGGUUCAAGCAGCUCAUGGAAACCCAUGCGCUCGAGGAGAAGAAGGAUGAAAAGAAGGCCGACGACGAAAGCGUUGGGGAUGGUGAAGACACCAAGGACACAAAGGAGAAGCAGCCUGGUGACAAUAUCAAGUUGAAGAAGGGCAAGUCCCUGAUGCAGACCGAGGAGCAGGCCGUCGCUAGCGUGCCGUGGUCAGUCUACGACGACUACAUCCGGGCUUCUGGCAGCAUCCUAAACGCGCCCCUGACAAUAGUCCUGCUCAUCGUAGCUCAGGGUGCCAAUAUCGCCACGGCCUUGUGGCUGUCGUACUGGACGUCGGACCGCUUCUCGCUGCCCACGCCGGUUUACAUUGGCAUCUACGCCGGGCUGGCCGUCGCUCAGGUGGUGCUGCUAUUUGGAUUCAUGGUCGCCCUUUCAGUGUUGGGGACGAGGGCAUCGAGGUCCAUGUUGCACCAGGCAGUGACGAGGGUGCUGCGCGCGCCCAUGUCCUUCUUCGACACGACGCCCCUGGGCCGCAUCACGAACCGAUUUUCCCGCGACGUCGACGUCAUGGACAACAACUUGGCCGACGCCAUGCGCAUGUACUUUUUCUCCGUUUCGGGAAUAUUGUCCACGUUUGCACUCAUCAUUGCCUUCUUCUACUACUUUGCCGCCGCGCUCGUGCCCCUAUUUUUCGUCUUUUUAGCUUCCACAGCCUACUACCGCGCUUCUGCUCGCGAGGUCAAGCGGUUCGAAUCGACGCUCCGGUCCAACGUGUUUGCAAAGUUCGGCGAGGGUCUCAGCGGCGUGGCUUGCAUUCGAGCCUACGGACUCCAGGACCGCUUCGCUGCCGAUCUCAGGGUCGCCAUCGACGAUAUGAACUCGGCCUACUACCUGACAUUUUCGAACCAGAGGUGGUUGUCCAUCCGUCUCGACGCCAUCGGCAACGCGCUCGUCCUGACGACGGGCGUGCUGGUGGUCACUAACCGCUUCGACGUGCCACCGUCCAUCGGCGGGCUCGUGCUCAGUUACAUCCUCGCCAUUGUACAGAUGAUCCAGUUCACCGUCCGGCAGCUGGCCGAGGUGGAGAACGGCAUGAACGCCGUCGAGCGGCUGCGGUACUACGGCCGGGAGCUCGAGUCGGAGGCGCCGCUCAAGACCAUCGAAGUAGCGCCCUCGUGGCCCGAAAAGGGCGAGAUCAUCUUUGAGAACGUCGAGAUGCGGUACAGGCCCGGCCUCCCGCUGGUCCUGCGCGGUCUGGACAUGAAGGUUCGCGGUGGCGAGAGGAUUGGUAUCGUGGGCAGGACGGGCGCCGGCAAGAGCAGCAUCAUGAGCGCCCUGUUCCGACUGGUCGAGCUGUCCGGCGGCAAGAUCACCAUCGACGGCCUGGACAUUGCCACGAUCGGCCUGGGUGAUCUCCGGUCCAGGCUGGCCAUCAUUCCACAGGACCCCACCCUGUUCAAGGGCACGGUGCGCAGCAACCUGGACCCAUUCGGCGAGCACACGGACCUCGAGCUCUGGGGUGCGCUGAGGCAGGCGGAUUUAGUCGGGCCCGAGACGGGCAGCGGGACCGACACGUCGACGGCCAUCCAAGAAAAGGAGGCCGGCGGCGGUGGCGGGCGUAUCCAGCUCGACUCGGUGGUGGAGGAAGACGGGCUCAACUUCUCGCUCGGGCAGCGGCAGCUGAUGGCGCUGGCGCGGGCGCUGGUCAGGGCCUCGCAGAUCAUCAUCUGCGACGAGGCGACCUCGAGCGUCGACAUGGAGACGGACGCCAAGAUCCAGGCCACCAUGGCGGUCGGGUUCCGGGGCAAGACGCUGCUAUGCAUCGCGCACCGGCUGCGGACCAUUGUCGGCUACGACCGCAUCUGCGUCAUGGACCAGGGCCGGAUCGCCGAGCUGGGCGAGCCCGCGGAGCUGUUCAGGAUGGAGGGCGGCAUCUUCAGGGGCAUGUGCGAGCGGAGCGGCAUAGGCGAGAGGGACAUAUUGGCUGCGAGGGAGGGGUUGGGCGUCGCUGGUGGUGCUGACGAAUGA